AUGUUCAAGACUGGUAUUUUAAAACGUAACUUAGUUGCAAACUCAAAGAGGGUGCGACUAGUUACCACUAGACAUUUGGCGACACAAGUGAAUAAACUCUCGAAUAGUAAUGGACAAGUGGAAUCCUUGAGAAGAACUUUUGAUGAUGCAGAUUACUGGAAUGAAGCCAAUAAACAAAACUAUGCUUUGGCAAGCCUCAAGGGGAAAUUUCUAUCAAAUAUAGGAAAUAUAGGAUCGAGUGGUACACAACACUUAGAAACUGGCCUGUUUAGAAAUCCAUAUCUAACAUCCCCUGACGGUCUACGAAAAUUCAGUCGACAAUCCUUAAAUCAAGCAUAUGAACUUUUAGAAGAUAUGAAGAAUGACGAAACUCCACAAGGUUUACAAAAUUAUAUUUUAAGACUGGAUCAAUUGAGUGAUACUCUUUGUAGGGUUAUUGAUCUGUGCGAGUUUAUUAGAUCAUCUCACCCUGAUUCUCAUUUUGUAGAUGCUGCUCAAGAUUGUCAUGAAGAAAUGUUCGAGUUUAUGAAUGUUCUUAACACGGACGUGAACCUCUGUAAUAAAUUAAGAACAGUUUUAAACACUCCAGAAGUUGUUUGUAAACUAUCAUCUGAAGAGGUUAAAGUGGGUAAGAUUCUUUUAGAAGAUUUCGAAAAAUCUGGUAUUUAUAUGAAUCCUGAAAUUAGGGAACAAUUUAUUGCAUUAUCGCAGGAGAUCAGUAUUGUGGGCCAAGAUUUUAUCAAUAACACGGAUUUUGUUCGUACCAACUAUAUCACAGUCGAUUGUGAAACGAUCCAUAAUAGUGGUAUAAAUCAACUGAUCCUAAGUCAAUUGUCUAAGGAUAUCAAAGGUAAACAUUAUAAAAUACCCACACAUGGAUAUAUUGCCUAUUCAGUAUUGAGAGCAUGUCCUGAUGAAAUAGUAAGGAAAAAGUUAUGGACAGCCAUGCAUAGUUGCCCUGAUAAGCAAAUUGUAAGACUAGAUCAAUUAGUCAGGUUGAGAGCUGUGCUGGCAUUUUUAAUGGGGAAGAAGAGUUAUGCGGAAUAUCAAUUGGAAGGUAAGAUGGCAAAGUCCCCUGAAGAAGUCACAGAUUUUAUUGACUCAUUGAUCAAAGUGACCCAACCAAAGGCGAAACAGGAAUUAGGAUUCAUUUCAGAUUUAAAACGUAAACAUAUGGAUUUGCCGCCCUCGGAGACUUCUAAUUUGGACACCCUGGAUAUCGUGCGACCAUGGGAUCGUGAUUUUUACCACACCAUUUAUUCGAUACAGCAACGUCGUCAAUCCCCCAUAGAUGAUCAACAGAUAUCUAUGUAUUUCACCUUAGGCAACGUCAUGCAAGGUUUGUCAGAUCUUUUCCACCAAAUAUAUGGCAUUAGAUUAGAACCAGUAAUAGCACAAAAGGGCGAAACAUGGUCACCCGAAGUGAGAAGACUUAACGUAGUUUCAGAUGAAGAAGGUGUAAUUGGCGUAGUUUAUUGCGAUUUAUUUGAAAGAGAUGGUAAAACAUCAAAUCCAUCCCAUUUCACCGUUUGUUGUUCAAGGCAAAUUUAUCCCAAGGAAAAUGAUUUAUCCACGAUUCAAAUUGGUACCAAUAAGGACGGAACCAAGUUUCAAUUGCCCAUCAUUUCGCUGGUUUGCAAUUUUGCUAGCUCAGUAGUAUCUUUCGGUCAAUCACUUUGUCUUUUACAUAUUAGUGAAAUUGAAACUCUCUUUCAUGAAAUGGGACAUGCAAUGCACUCUAUGCUUGGUAGAACUCGUUUGCAGAAUUUGAGCGGCACCCGUUGUGCUACUGAUUUCGUAGAAUUACCGAGUAUUCUGAUGGAGCAUUUUGCUAGAGACACCAGGGUUCUAAGACAAAUUGGAAAACAUUGCAAUACUGGCGAACCUGUUCCAGAAUCACUAUUGACCAAUUAUUUGCAAGAUUUACAAUACAUGCAAUACUGUGAAACUUUCUCUCAAGCCAAGAUGGCCAUGUUAGAUCAAAGAUUACAUGGUAAAGAAAUUAUAACUGGAAUGGAUACAUUAGAUGUUGUGGCACUUUAUCAAAAUUUGGAAAGGGAAUUGAGAGUAUUAGUGGAUGACCAAAGCACUUGGUGUGGUAGAUUUGGUCACCUUUUCGGUUACGGUGCUACUUAUUACAGUUAUCUCUUUGAUAGAGCUAUCGCUUCCAAAGUUUGGGAGUCACUUUUCCAAGAAGAUCCCUUUAGUAGGGCUGGUGGUCAAAGAUUCAAGGAAUAUGUCUUAAAAUGGGGUGGUGCUAAGGAUCCAUGGCAAUGUAUCGCUGACGUCCUUGACCAACCUGAAUUAUCUCAAGGUGGUACCGAUGCCAUGCAAUUUAUUGGUCGUUCUGAGGAACUGUAA